AUGGCCAAUUUGGCCGGUGGACAACCUCCUUUGGAGGUUGUUCCGCUAGUUCAUGUUCUGUCAAACAAACUGCUGACUGGUGAGAUGUCAUAUGCAACCACUUUACAACCUACGAUGACAACUCGCGCUCCUGUACCAAUAAAACCCUCGUCUCUUCUACAUGGGGAACCAAAGGUUAUUUGGGAGGAAGAAAAGGUAUGUCAGAUGAUUGUUAAUGAAGAUUUGGAAUAUGCAGUUGUUGGGAAAUUUUCCUAUAGAUGGCCAGACAUACAGGAAUUAAGGAAAAUUAUUCCGAAACAGUGUGAAUUAAAAGGAGACGUCAAUAUUGGUCUAUUGUGUAAUCGAUACGUACUCAUAUGGGCCUCAAGGAUGGAGGAUUAUGUGAAUCUGCUCUCUAAACCUAUUUUCUACAUUGCCCAUAGAAAUUGGUAUUAUCCAAUGAGGACAUUUAAAUGGGAUCCUUUCUUUGAUCCAUUGGAGGAAAUGUCGAUCGCAGUUGCAUGGAUUUCACUGCCAGUACUGCCUCCCAAUUUCUUUGGAAAAGAAACGAUCUUUUUGAUUGCUGCUGCAGUGGGUAAACCUUUACAAGUGGAUACGGCUACUAGCAACAAGACUAGGCCUAGCUGUGCUAGAGUCAAGGUGGAAGUUGAUCUAAUGGGUGAAUUCCUAAAGCGGGUUAACGUUGGUAUUAAAAAGAAGUCUGGGGAAAUAGUUGCUAAGUGGGUCACCAUAAGGUAUGAUUAUCUGCCCAAGUACUGCAAAAAUUGUAAAUUGCAGGGUCAUAAUGAGAAGGAGUGCUUUGUUUUGCAUCCUGAACUAUACCCUAAAGAAGAAGACGUGAGUGAAAAGGAAGCCACCGCAAAAGAGAAGAUGAAGAAAGAUGGGGGCCAGAGAUGGAAUCAUAAGGAGAAAGCGAAGGAGGAAACUAAUGUUAUUUUAGGCAACAAAUUUGAUGCAUUAACUGAAGAAGAAGGGAAAGAGGAAUCAAAGCAACAACAAAAUGAAAGGGAUACAACAUCAAUGAAUAGUGAAGGGAAGGAUGUAAUGAGUAAAGGGCUUGGUAAAACAAAGAAAUGGGUAGAAGAGAUUUUUGGGGCACAGAGAGAAGAGGGGGAAUUGCCUGUCAAAAGCAACAAAAUAGAGGGAGCCACAAUAGAAAGAGAAGACUCUGUAAAAGAGUCUAUGCAGAAAAAUGACAAAACAGGGGAGGCAAGUAUAAAGAUAAUUAGCAAGGAUACUGAUACACAAGAAAAAAAUAAUAUGGAGGAAGUCAAAGGGAAGAAAGAAGUGAGCAGCAAAGAUGAUAAAUCAGAACAAAUAAAUGUGGAGGAGAAGCCACCAAACCCUCCAAAUGCAGAUCACACUAACUUGGAGGGAGAGGGAUCAUCUACAAAUAAGACAGACGAGAGUACUAAUGAAGAAUGGGAACUAGUUUCUUUGAGGCAAAUGCAAGAAGAACCUGAUAAAACAUUUGAAAACAGGGAUGAAGAAAAGGAUGAGAACAUCAUGGAGAAUAUUGCUGAAGUGUCAAAAGAUGGUGACCUUUCACCAAGGCAUAUCAAGGAAUUGAGAACGGGAAGGAAGAUCAAUAAACCUGAAGAUCAGUCAGCACUCAAAAUUCUUUUGAUAGUGAUUGAUCUAAAUAAGAGAAAUAAAUUAUCGUAUAUUGCUCUUUUAGAACCUUUCAAAGGGCCUCAUGAGUUAGAAAAUUAUAGAAGGAGAUUGGGUAUGGCGAAUGCAAUGGCUAAUCUAUCUUCUAAAAUUUGGGUUUUCUGGAAUGAUGAAUGGGUUGGAAAUGUCUUGAGUGAUAGUCAUCAACAACUUUCGAUUAUCUUCAAAAAUCAGGUUUUGCAAAAGGAGAUCUGUGUCACUGCUGUGUAUGCAAGGUGUAAUGCGCUGGAUCGAUUAGAAUUAUGGGACGAACUGGAAAAUAUUAGCAUCAACAGUGACAUUUCAUGGAUUGUGGGAGGAGAUUUUAAUGUUGUUUUGGAUGCAUCAGAAAAACUGGGUGGCUUGCCAGUCACCAAUAUUGAAACAGUGGAUUUUGCCCAUUGUGUCAAUGUUUGUGCUUUAAAUGAAAUAAAGUACACAGGAAGCAGCUACACGUGGUGGAAUGGGAGAAUAGAAGAUGAAUGCAUUUUUAAAAGAUUAGACAGGGUUUUUGGUAACUUGGUUUUUUUGCAACAAUUCCCAGUGUCAGAGGUACAACACUUAGUCAGAGAAGGGUUAGACCAUGCACCUUUAUUAUUGCAAUGUAACUCAAACAAUGAAAGGGUCAGCAAGCCUUUUAGAUUCCUGAAUUUUUGGGUCAAACAUGGUGAAUUCUUGCGAGUGGUGAGGGAGAAUUGGGAAAUGGAUAUACAAGGUGGGCCGUUUUAUAUUGUGAAAGAACAAAUGAAUAGGCUAAAGAGGGUGCUUAGCAAGUGGAGCAAGGAAUCAUAUGGAGACAUCUUUCAAAAAGUAUCCACACUUGAAGAUGUGAUUAAGGUAAAGGAAGUGCAGCUGGAAGUACAUUGUUCAGAUGAAAACAUGAGAGACUUAAACAAGGCAGAAGAGGAGUUGCAGAAAUUUUAUCAGCUGGAAGAGGAUUUUUGGAAACAAAAAUCAGGUAUGAAAUGGUUUAAUGAUGACGACAGGAACACGAAAUUCUUUCAUUCAUACGUGAAAGGCAGAAGGAGGAGGCUGAUUAUAAAUGAAAUAGAGGAUGAAAAUGAAGCUAUACUGAGGGAGGAUAAAAGCAUAGGUGAGGAAGCUAUGAAAGUCUUUGAGGAUCAAUUUGCAGCUGGAGCAGUUAGUGACGAUUAG